CGCCCGCGGAGCCGGAGCCGAUGGCGGCCGCGGAGCCGCCGGGAGCCGCGGAGCUGCCGCAGCUGGCGGAAAAUCUGCUCUGCCGGCUGCAGGAGAAUUUUGAGGCUCUGACAGAGAAGCUGACGCUGAGAAUGGAAGAAAUGGGCGAGCGCAUCAAUGACCUUGAGAAGCGUGUUGCUGACCUGAUGACAGAGGCUGGGGUAGAAAACAGUGAUGAAGAAUUGGGACUGAGUGCAAUAUAAGGUGGCAGUGCUAACUCACCCCAGGUGUGUAAACCGAGGCUGUCCAUUCAUAGGGAAAUGUGUGUGGCUUGAAGUGUUGCUGGCCAUGACUCCUGCCCCUCAGCUAUGCUGACCUAGCUGAGGAUGCUCACUGGUGUCAAUUUAUGUACCUCUGCUUUUAAACCUACUACAGCUUCCCAGUGUGGCUUGGAGCACACCCCUCACACACUCACCACAAACACAGCAGUAAGCUAUAGUCAAUCACUUCAUAAUAUAAAAUGAUACUACAUAUCAGGAUUGUGUUCUGGAUUUCAUAUCUGUCUCAUGCACAUGCCAGCCCCCUCCCGGAUGGAUGGCUGACUCUGUGCUCUCAGUAUUUAUGAGGCAGCACUGCUUCCAUGUGCUGUGGAUGCAAGUGAUGUCUUCCUGUUGUUGCACACUUUCCUGAUUCGAAUUGAGACACAUGAAUUCCUCUCGUCAUUGGAACUUCUUACACAGUGAAAGACAUGAAUGUCUGUCAAUAUUCUGAAGUAAUUUAGGUAUCUGUUCAUUCUGAUGCCUUUUGCACAAAGUAUGCAGUAAUUUUCAGAAAUGCAGAAAGACAAUCCACAAAGAUGUA